AUGGAUGUCUUCCAGAAGUGCUUGGGCAUUGCCAAGGACCCGUGGCAUACCAGAUGGAUAUGUCCGCUGUUGUUGGUAGCCGAUGCAGCACUUACGGCAUUGAUCGUGUGGAAAGUACCAUAUACCGAGAUCGAUUGGACAGCCUACGUGCAACAAGUAUCCCAAUACCUAGCCGGCGAACGCGACUACACCAAAAUCCAUGGCGGCACCGGACCACUGGUGUAUCCCGCAGCUCACGUCUACAUCUAUGAAUUGCUCUAUCGCAUCACCGAUCGAGGCAGCGAUAUCCCGUUUGCACAGAUCAUUUUUGGAAUCUUGUAUUUGAUGACGCUCGCAGUGGUUAUGGCAUGCUACCGUAAUGCAAAGAUACCUCCAUAUGUGUUCCCGAUGCUUAUUUUGAGCAAGCGUAUGCAUUCGAUUUUCACACUGAGGUUGUUUAAUGAUUGCUUUGCUGUGUUUUUCUUCUUUGUGGCUAUUUAUUGCUAUCAGAAGAGAUGGUGGAUUGCUGGAUCGAUUGUUUAUUCGAUUGGCUUGGGAGUCAAGAUGAGUUUGUUGCUUGCAUUGCCUUCUGUGGGUAUUGUGCUUUUGCAGGCAAUUGGCGCGAGUGUUGCUGUUGGUCAUGCUUCGUUGAUUGUGUUGAUACAGGUCCUGCUGUCAUUGCCGUUCACACUGCAUAACCCUCAGGGCUACCUCUCACGAGCAUUCGAGUUCACGAGACAAUUCUUCUUCAAGUGGACAGUAAACUGGCGGUUCGUGGGAGAAGAAACAUUCCUCUCCAAGCAAUUUGCAUUGACGUUGCUGGCUGCACACAUCUCUCUGCUUAUCCUAUUCGUCACGACUCGCUGGUUGAAGCCCUCACGACAAUCCCUGCCAGCCAUCAUCACCUCAAUCUUCAACCCUCCCUCAGCAGAAAGACAAGCACAGAUCUCAGCCAGAGUCACCCCAAGAUUCAUCUUGACCACCAUUCUCUCAGCCAAUGCGAUUGGGAUGCUUUGUGCAAGAUCACUGCAUUACCAAUUCUACUCUUGGAUCGUUUGGGCAACUCCUGCGUUGCUUUGGCGUGCUGGCUAUCAUCCGGUCUUGCAGUAUGCGCUAUGGGGCGCCCAAGAGUACGCCUGGAACGUGUUUCCGAGCACAAACUUCAGCUCGAUGGUUGUGGUGCAAGUCCUCGCUACGACGGUGGUUGGCGUAUGGUAUGGCACGAGAAAGGAAGCCAGGGAGACGGCAGCAGCAGCAGCAGAGAAACACCAGCAUGUAGAGUAG